GUACUGCAAGGUUGAUGAUGAGGGGUGCAUCACCAACGGCAACUACCCGAAAAGCGACAACGCCAUUUGUGGAAUAUUCGUGGAGGAGUCGAACGAGCGACGCCUCUUCUGGGAAAGACGAGCGGAGCGGGCUCCAUUGCUCAUCAACGGAGAGGAAUUCAAUGGCAAUGACCGCACUUUUGGGCCUGUGCCGGAAGGCUUCAUUCUUCGCCGCGCAGGUUCCAGCCAUUCCAGCCCUGAUUCCUUCAAGAUCUGUCUCGAGGUUUGGUUUCUCGAGCAGCGGUGGUUCUGGGCCUCGGUGUCAAGCAGCUUAAUUGGAAGCUCCUGUUGCCUCUUCUGCUUCUACUGGCUGCGCCGGAGAGCUCGGCAACAGGCCCAAAGAAAAUGGGAAGAGAAGCAUGGACACCUCUACGAUAAGUGGUACAGCCACUACCGACAUGCGAUGUAUUCCAUCAUACAAUCCGCUUUCGACGAAGGUGCACCAGGAGUCAAGCCGUGGAUCAUAAAGCGGCCCACCCAGCUUGACUUGGGGCGCGCUUAUCUUUUCAAAGCGGCUGGAAAGCUGCAAGUAGACAUGUCGGAAGCCUUUGAAUCGCAGAAGCACCCCUUCUACGUUGACGGGAAGAAGGUCCUUGACUACACCAAGAUCAACUGGGCAUCGCAGAUUUCCCUGAAAGCUCUGGGCGAAGAGAUCAAGAACAAAACGGCAGACGGCUGUGCUGUGAUCAUUGCUGCAUGCGACGUGAAGGAUGUCGGUGAGGUGAAGAGGGUGGUCCGAGCACACAACAGGGCAAAAGAACUGCAAGGAUCCCACGGGCGAGCAAAGUUUGCGUUCAUGCCGCUUUUCGACGAGCUCCCAAAACGUGAGGGCGAGGGCGUGAAGCGGUGCGGGUGGUACUCGUUCUACCGCUUCUCGGUGAUGGCCAAAAUGCAGAUAGCCGUGGAUGAGGGGGCCACCAGACUGAAGCUGUUGGGCAUCCAGCCAGAUGUGGGCAAUGCCAUGACGGUGCAAGAGUAUCCC